AUGGAAGUCGACUUCAGACGUCGAGGCGUAUCUACCACAGGCAACUAUUACGCGCAGGCAUUACCACUGGUGCCUGCUUUGGAGCUCGAAACCGUGCUUUACGGAGUGUCAACUACAGCCUUGGCGAUUUUCUUCUAUAAGGAAUUACGCGAAGGCAUUCGAGCGCUUGCAAAACGACGUCUUCUAGGUCUUAUUGUGGUCAUCGCUCUGUAUGCUAUGCUCACAGCGCACUGGGCGCUCUCUGUACAACAGACGAGCAGAUUGCUCUUUAGCGGUUUAGACGUCAAUUACGCGAACGUCUCGGUUCCAGAUGCGUUCCUGUUUCACACUGUCUUUGGUCCCUUCUUACUAGAAACCGGAUUAUUCGGUACAUUCACCACGCUUGCGGUCUACGCUGUCUACACGUUUACUACUCAAGAGAAUGGACUGGCACGACCGGCGCAGUCAGCGAUGAUGGCAGUCACACUCGUGAUGUAUAGUAUCUCGCUCGCCCAUUGGUCCCUGCAGGUGCGCAUGAUCAAUGGGAACUAUACUACUUACUUGGGGGCUGGGGCACAUUUCGUGGAUCCGAGAAUCGUGCCGCUCGCACUCAUAUCGGUGAACAUCAUCCUUGGCGACGGCAUAGUCCUCUGGCGCGCUUGCGUCUUCUGGAGACGGAACAGACUGGUCUACGCUCUCUCUAUAGGGCUCUUCGUGUUCAUCGUCGGUCUUAAUAUCGCGAAUGUGGUCGUGGAGGCUGCGUUCAUGGCGGAGCCAGACAAGAACGUCCGAUGGAUGAAUGAGGCUUGGACACAGCCCGCAUUUAGUGAUUCCGCCUAUGGGGCCGCAGCGCUAGCAUUGAGCUUGGCCACAAACGCCGCCUCUACCAUUGCCAUCGGAUGGAAAACCUGGAUCCAUCGGCGUAAGGUCCUGAGAUACCUCACCGAGUUCAGCCCGCGUAGCAUUGUGGACAAAGUACUCACGCUCCUAUGGGAAAGUGGCUGCAUUUACUGUAUUACCUGGAUCUUGUAUAUCGUCUCCAACAAGUUGGCUCUAUCAGCUCCCUCGCCCGUUGGGGUUGGGACAAUUGCACUGGGUGUCGACUACUUCAACCGUCUCAUGGCACAAUUGACGGGUAUAUAUCCUACGCUGGUACUCGUUCUGGUGGCCCUUGAAAGGAAGCACUUGGAGAGCGCAACAGUCGGACCCAGCAUAUCCUCCAUGAUUCACGAUUCGCCGCAGUCUCGUGAGAGGAUGAACGGCCUCUCACACCGGACAGCACUGCGGCGACCUUCGUUUUCAUCAAGCGGGGCGAUUACUUCGGGAGGAGGGCUCGUCGCCGACAAAGCGGAGUGGGAGUGUGAUGUUGAGAGGGCGGGGUCGGCGUUCGCCAUGCCUGGGGUUGAGGACCACGAUUCACCUAUGGCUUUUCUGCCCAUUGCGAGAACAGCCAAGCGCGAGAGUGUCCUCGCAGUCGACCGUAGUGUCGCGCCCACAUCGAGCGCUGGCUCUGUGGGCCGCCUGUAUCGAACCGCUGCUCGCUUCCUCGAGCGGGACCUCCACGUCGAGUGCAAGCCAUCGCCACCGAUCCUGCCCAAGCAUACCCUUGACGAUGCACGGUGGCCGACCCACGCGUCACUUCCACCGAGCCGCCGCCCGACGCGCUCUACGACCGAGGACUCCUUGGCUGAGGCGACGCCGGAGGAGAUGCGCUCAACCACCAUUCACGACCAUCGCGCGACCGAAGCGUCUGCCCUGUGA